CGAAAUUGGGGAUAUAGGGAAUCAACAUUUGGGAUCCGGUCGGGAGGGUAACAGCGCCAUUCAAUGGCGCUGUUCAGACGCUUCUUUUAUCGUAAGCCGCCGGAUCGCCUCCUUGAGAUCACCGAGAGGGUUUUCGUUUUCGAUUGCUGCUUCUCGACUGAUGUAAUGGAAGCAGAUAUAUACAAGACCUACAUGGGGGGCAUUGUAACUCAACUCCAAGACUAUUACCCUGAAUCCGCCUUCAUGGUCUUCAACUUUAAAGAAGGUGGUGACAAAAAGACCCAACUUUCUGAUGUCUUAUCUACAUAUGAGAUGAAAAUCACAGAGUACCCAUGGCAAUGUGAAGGGUGUCCGAUGUUACCAUUAGAGAUGAUGAAUGAAUGUUUAAAAUCUAGUGAGAACUGGCUAUCACUUGCAGGAAACAGAAACGUGCUUUUAAUGCACUGUGAAAGAGGCGGGUGGCCUGUGCUUGCUUUUUUACUUGCUGGGCUUCUUUUGUUCAGAAAACAGUACACCGGUGAACAGAAGACUCUUGAAAUGGUGUAUAAACAAGCCCCUCGUGAGCUUCUUUAUCUUUUGUCCCCUUUGAACCCUCAGCCUUCACAAUUAAGGUACCUUCAGUACAUUACAAAGAGAAAUUUAGGGCUUGAAUGGCCACCAUUAGAUGCACCUCUAGCUUUGGAUUGUAUCAUACUUCGUGUUCUUCCUGUAAUUGGUGGAAAGGGUUGUAGACCUAUAAUCCGUGUAUAUGGUCAAGAUCCAUUUUCAUCAGUUAAAAGUUGUAAGCUCUUGUUUUCAACCUCAAAAACCAAGAGACAUGUUCGUAUGUAUAGAAAGGAUGAAUGCCAACUGGCAAAGAUAGAUAUUCAUUACCGUGUAAAUGGGGAUGUCGUUCUUGAAUGCAUACAUUUGGAUGAUGAUCAUGUAAAGGAGGAGAUGAUGUUUAGGGUUGUGUUCCAUACAGCUUUCGUCAGAGGAUAUGUAUUGAUGGUAGGACAUGAUGAAGUUGACCAUAUGUGGGAUGCACGCGACCAGUUGCCAAAGGACUUCAAGGCGGAGGUACUUUUUGUGGAUGCUGAUCAUCUACCAUCUAUUAUCACCACAGCAGGAGUUGCAGAAGAUGAGAAUGAGUCAGAAGGAAGUAAUUCAGCUGAUGAGUUCUUUGAGGUAGAAGAAUUAUUUGAUGCAUUCGACUCACAUCAUGACUUUAAAGAGGAACCUUUUUUCCCGGAAGAAAAUGAGCCGGAUGUCGAAAGUGAGGAGGUUGAUCCUGGUAUCCAUUCGGUCAACGACGUUGACUUGAAAUCUACAGUGGUAUUGAAAGAAGUUGAUUCAAAGCCUAUGGUAGCAGAAGGUGUUGAUUUGAAAGCUACGGCGGUGGCAGUGGAGGAUGUGGAUUUGAAGGGUAAAGUGGUGAUUGGUGACGAAUUUGACAAGAUGGAAGUAAAAUCGGAGGGUGUAGAAAAAGAAAUAAAAAGUAAAAAAGACGGAGAAGGGAAUCAAGAGGUGAAGAGGGUGGAGGAUUUGCAGGGAAAGGCGAGUGGCCGGAAAAGUACGGCGAACUCAAAAGCAGGGACAAAUGUAAGACAGGCAAAACCAGAUGCUAUGUCUAAAUGGAUUCCUUCUAAUAAAGGAUCUUAUACGAAUUCAAUGCAUAUAUAUUAUCCUCCAACAGCAUCGAGACAUGUAAGUGCACCUCCUGUGCUAGCUCAAUCGAAGGAUCCUAGAUUAGUGGAGAAGAAGGUGGUUGGAAAGGGAGGGCGUGUAUCUGGGAAACAAGCUUCAUGUCCGCCAUCGUUGGAUGUUGAACGAGUUAACGUUGCAGCAGGUGCUUGCCGACCUUCUGAUGGAUCACUUGACUUGCCAAAAUAUUUGAACAAUUUAAAAUCAGAUGCGGGUCCGGCCCAUUCCCAGGUUCAGGCCCAAGCCCAAGCCCAUAACCAUGUCACUCCAUCACCGGUAGCGGCAGUGGCACCUCCACCUCCAAGUUCCGUUGAGCUUGAAACUUCAACAGCGAAAGCUACAAGUCAGAUCAGUCUUCCACAGCCACCACCGGUAGUCCAUGGGGUUCUUCCGAAUGAAUCAGCAGCUGGUGUUUCUAAAAUUGAAAAACCUAUACAAGCUGGUGUGGUUCCACCCAAGGAUAACCUAAAACCUCAACAACCGGUGGCUCCUGUAUCUCCACCUCUUCAUGAAGCUCCAUCUAAACCUCUGGUACAAGUUUCUCUACCAAAACCUGCACCUACGCCCCCUACACCUCCCGUGUAUGAUGCUCCUACAACUCAAGUAUCAGCACCUACACCUUCCUCACAAGUUGCUCCAUCAGCGCCGCCUCGGACUCCUCCACCAAUUAGCCAUGUAGUUCCAUAUGCCGCACCACCUCCAACGCGGGGACCCACACCUCCACCACCACCCCCCAUGAUUGAAGUUCCCCCUCCAGCUCCGCCGAGUAGAACACUGCGUCCCCCACCCCCGGUCCCUGCACCACCUCCUCCUCCUCCGUUGCCUGGAGGUGGUCCACCGAUGUAUGGAGCGCCACCACCACCUCCUCCUCAACCGAUGUAUGGAGCACCAGCAGCAGCUCCACCUCCUCCGCCACCUCCGCCAAUGUAUGGUGGAGCAGCAACAGCACCUCCUCCACCACCUCCGCCAAUGUAUGGUGGAGCACCACCACCACCACCUCCACCGAUGUAUGGCGGAGCACCACCACCACCUCCUCCACCAGGUGGUUUUGGAGCACCUCCAUUACCUGGAGGAGCACCUCCGCCUCCACCGCCACCUGGAGGAGCACCUCCGCCUCCACCGCCACCUGGAGGAGCACCUCCACCUCCACCGCCACCUGGAGGAGGACGUGGACAUCCUGGACCUCCACCGCCGCCCGGAGCACCUGGACCUCCUGGUGGGCCACCACCUCCACCUGGAGGAGGGCGAGGUAUGGGACCAGGUAGAGGACGAGGACGCGGAGGACCGGGAGCACGAAGAUCUAACUUAAAGCCAUUGCAUUGGAACAAAGUGACGAGGGCAUUGCAAGGAAGCUUGUGGGAAGAAUUGCAAAGACAUGGAGAGCCCCAAAGUGUGCCAGAAUUUGAUGUAUCAGAACUUGAGACACUCUUCUCUGCCAUAGUCCCAAAGAAAGCUGCUUCUAAAGAAGCCGACAAGAAAAAGGCUGCAGGUUCAAAACCUGAAAAAAUCCACUUGAUUGAUCUGAGGAGGGCCAAUAACACAGAAAUCAUGCUUACUAAAGUUAAGAUGCCACUUCCUGAUAUGGUGAACGCAAUGUUAGCUAUGGAUGAAGAACUUGUAGAUUCCGAUCAAGUUGAAAAUUGUCUCAAAUUCUGUCCUACCAAAGAAGAGAUGGAGCAACUCAAGAAUUUCACAGGUGACUAUGAGACACUUGGCAAGUGUGAACAGUAUUUCCUGGAGCUAAUGAAGGUGCCACGUAUGGAGGCCAAAUUAAAUGUUUUUGUGUUCAAAAUUCAAUUUAACGUUCAGCUUACAGAAUUCAAAAAGAGUCUAAACACAGUAAACUCUGCAUGUGAUGAGGUGCGGAAGUCCACAAAGUUGAAAGAAAUCAUGAAGAGAAUUUUAUAUUUGGGGAAUACAUUAAAUCAAGGAACUGCUAGAGGUGCUGCUGUUGGAUUCAAGUUGGAUAGUCUUUUGAAACUGACUGAUACAAGAUCUUCAACUAGCAAGAUGACUUUAAUGCAUUAUCUCUGCAAGGUUCUUGCCUCCAAAUCCCCAAGCCUUUUAGAUUUCCAUGAGGAUCUUGUUAGCCUAGAAGCUGCAACCAAGAUACAACUAAAAGUUUUAGCAGAAGAAAUGCAAGCCAUUCUAAAAGGGCUAGAAAAAGUUAAACAAGAACUAGCUGCAUCAGCAAAUGAUGGCCCGGUGUCUGAAGGUUUUCAUAGGACAUUGAAGGAGUUCAUUGGGCAAUCUGAAGCAGAAGUGACAAGUGUAACAAGUUUCUAUUCCAUUGUGGGUAAAAAUGCUGAUGCAUUGGCCUUGUAUUUUGGUGAAGACCCUGCUCGUUGUCCUUUUGAACAAGCUACUCAGACCCUUUUGAACUUUGUGAGGCUCUUCCGAAAAUGCCAUGAUGAGAACGUUAAACAGGCGGAACUUGAGAAAAAGAAAGCAGAGAAGGAGGUGGAAAUGGAGAAAGCAAAGGGUAUUAAUUUAACAAAGAAGGGUGGUGACAAGUAGGGAAGCAUUCAAAUUUUUACUUUUUUUUAAAAAAAGAAAUCCAUGAAAAAAAAUAUAUAUAUUCAUGGAUUUAUUCUUCAUAAGAUCAAGCAAAAAAGCGUGUGGUCAAUGAAGAAUCUACUGCAAGCCAAGUAAGUGCCAACAGAAGAUCCAAAAGGAAUUGUUAUUCAAGUUAAACAAACAUGGCUCAGAGACCUUGAGGUGGCUUGGCUUGCACACACAGCUCUGGUGUAAAUACACACACACACACACACACAUACUCACAGAGCAAGGUGAAAGUGAAGUUGCAUUCACUAUUGAAGGAUGCAGACCAUGAAACCAUAACACAACCAUGGUGAUGGAGAUGGGGAUGGGGAGUCUGUGUUCUCGGGAAUGAUACAAUGAAACAACAUCUGGACUUUAUACUUGGCAUCUCAUGGAGUCGGGUGGAUCCAUGGUGUAUACUAGCAUAACCAUAACCAUAACCAUGUACAUAUAGAUAGAUAGAUUUCUAACCUAACCACAGUCCACAGCCUAACUUAUUCAUUUAUUUAUUCAUCUCUGUAUCAUAACACAACACAAAUUAUUUCUUUCUUUGGUUCCCAUGUAACUAGGUUAGAUUUUUAUUAUUGGGAAACCAAACCAAAAAUUGUUGUAUAUAAAACUAGGAGUAGAAGAGCGAGAACAAAAAAAUAUAUAUAUAUAUAUAUAGGCUAUUUGAGUGUAAUUUUUUUGUAUACAUUAUAGGCGAUUCAAAAUGAGGAAUUUUUUUACUUCAUUAUUUA